AUGAAGUACAAUGAUUUGUUAAGAGGUAGCACAGCCAUCAACGCUGGUUUCUACACCAGGGCAAGCUCGGAAUUCUUUCGGGAGAUUGAGUGGGAUGAGAAACUUGUGAAUGAUUCAUACGAAUGGGGGGAGAAGUUGAAUGCCUUCAAACGAGACAAGCUUUUUAGUUGGAAUUAUGCUUUCAAGGAUGCACUUUUGGAAGCUGGAGUACUUCCUUACAAUGGGUUUAGUUUGGAUCAUUUGGAGGGCACCAAGAUUAGUGCUUCAACCAUUGACAAGGAUGGAAGGACACACACAGCUGCAGAUAUUCUGCAAUAUGCAAAUCCAGAUAAUAUUGUGGUUCUCCUGAAUGCUACAGCAAGCAAAUGA